AUGGCUCAGUGUGAGAAACUUCGGCUGGAGUGUGAGAGCUUGUUCCGCAAAUGUUUAGAAGCGGAGCAUGUCAACAUCGGAGACUGCGAACCUUUGUCUCAAGUAGAAGGCAGUGAACGAGCCCGCAUCACCGACUUGGCCCUGCGGAACGUACUCUGGGGAAUUCUCGAUGAGAUCCAGAGCAACCACGAUGACGAUUCCGCGCAGAAGGAGAAACUCACAAAUCUUGUCGAUCUACUGGUAUCUCUGUGUGAGCGAGAGUUUGCAUCGCCCAACUUGCCCGCUACAAUUUUCACGGACAUUUUCGACACCUUGACGAUAUCGCGAUGUGAAAAAGUCUUCCAUCUGAUGGAAGACAAGGUAGAGGUUUGGAAGAAACCUCUAUUCUUCAGUCAUUGUAAAAACCAGAUGCUGCGCAUGUGCAACGAUCUCCUUCGUCGUCUAAGCAAGAGUCAGAACACGGUGUUCUGCGGCCAAAUACUCAUAGUGCUAGCCAAGCUGUUCCCUCUGUCAGAACGGUCCGGCCUGAACAUCGUGUCCGAGUUCAACUCUGAAAAUAUUUCCAUUCACAACGUUGAAGAUGGCGAUGCCGAUACUAGUUCGGACGACGGGCACCUCAAAGUCAGCCACAAUUUAUAUCGCAAAUUCUGGAGCCUGCAAGAUUUCUUCCGGCAACCGCACCUGUGCUAUGACGAAAACCACUGGCGUCAGAUGACCAGAUGCAGUAGUGAAGUGCUCACAGUGUUCUCAUCCUUCAAGCUCGACGAGCAGGCCGUACUGUCGAAGAGUCAACCAUACUUCGCGAAGUACCUCACAUCGAGGAGACUAUUCCAGCUGGAGUUAUCCGAUUCAAACUUCAGAAGAUGUAUUCUUAUACAGUUUUUAAUCAUGUUCCAAUACUUGAAAGCCACAGUUCGAUUCAAAUUGGAGAAACAUUUCCUCUCCGAAAACCAAGCUCAAUGGGUACGGGAGAAAACCGAAGAAAUCUACAAACUCCUGCAGGAAACUCCACCCGACGGCCUGGAAUUCGCGCGCGCCAUCGAGAAUAUCUUGGUGCGAGAAGAGCAUUGGAAUGCCUGGAAAAACGAUAAUUGUCCGGCGUUCAAAAAAGCGGACGUCAUGGGACGAAAAUGUGGUCGUAGGAGGAAGAAGGUUGGGGACGACGUUCGGGAGCACCUCGAAAAAGGUCAAAUCGCUAUGGGGGGUCCCGAAUUGAACAAGGUUUUCAAUAUAUGUCCUGAUCAUUGGGAAGCUUGCCGGGUUGAGAGGCGAUGCUAUGUUCCUGGUAUGACUGAAUUUUUCGAAGAAGCCAUUGCUCAAGCUGAUCCCGCCGCCUGCGUCGAGGAUCAGUAUAAACUGGUUGCCAAUCCGAAUUGGGGAUGGAGAGCACUUAGGAUCCUCUCUCAAAAAUCAUUGCAUUUCUUCACUUCGACGAACCAGCCCGCGAAGUCCCUUCCAAACUACCUCGACACAAUGGUGGGCUUCCUCGCGAAAGACCUCUGCAUCAAUCGCGAUCCAAAAGAACCUAAUGGUGUCGUACGGGUUGAAGAUGACGACAAUUCUCAAGACGAUUUUAAGGAGGAAGAUAGCGAGGCAGUGAAUAGCGAAGUCGCGCUCAAAACUUCCGAUCUCAGUUCCAACAGUCGCAACAACGGCGUCGACGAGGAACCCCCGGAAAAGCGUUCUCGGAUUGUGGUGCAGACAACACCGACUGCAACCAAGGACACAUUGUCUGCAGAAACAAUCGAUCGUCUCGCGCAGAUUUUAGCUGAAGAUUGCAUGAAGCUGGCUCCUUUCAUGGGUCUUAAUGAGGAUGAUCUGCAGUACAUUCAGAGUCAACACGAGGAGCCGGCGGCUCAAGCAAAGCAUCUGCUUACGCUAUGGAAGGAGAACGAGACCGAGGAUGCGACAAUGGACACGAUCAAACAGCUCCUGGCUAAAGUAGGCUUGUCAGCGAAGCUCCAAUCAUUGUGAAGGACAGACUUUCAAGACGGGAGUCCGACAAUCUGUACAGACUAGCGAAAACAUGUUAUGAGCCUCUAUUUUGUACGAGAAAUCGCAAAUUACCUCGUCUGGAUUGUUUUGCACGCUGAGGGACUUCGGUGUAUGUAUAUUAAGCUAAAACAAUCUCAUCUCUUGAUGAGUGACUCUUCUCCGAACAUAACUUCCUGGAAUAUGAUAGAAAUAAAUG